ACUAACCCACCCAAUCAAAACACAACCCUCCAGUUCACAUUAGCAAAAAACACCAAGAAGUAUCUAACGUGCCCUAGGGUCAGAAAUUAGGGUUUAAGGAGAUCCACUCGCAGUUUUGAAGAGCAGACAUAUGACAGACUCACAUGAAAAUGGCAGAAGAUCUGCAAGAUUAUACCAUUAUUAAAGAAGGAGAGGCUGAUAUACUUAUGAAUGUUAAGAACCAAGUGUUUUUCAACAAAGCCCAGGUUAACAACAGAGAUUUGUCCAUUGCUGUCCUGAGGACAUUUAUCUCCAAACGACAAGAGGAGCAUGAAGCAAUGUUGUCCAGAAGAACAAAAUCAACAAAAAAGGCAUCUGAGAAGGAUGCCUCUGGACCUGCUGUGGAAGAAGCAUCUACCGGGUCUGCUUUGGAUAAUGAAAAAUCUAAUGGUGAGUGCGAAGUGCAUGAAGAGAUAUCUCAAAAUGAACCUUGCAGCAUCUCAGAAGAAUCAGUGAAGAACACAGAGGGAAAUCAUCAUGGGGAGCUGAAACCACCAAAAGUUCUUGAGGCAUUGUCAGCUUCUGGGUUAAGAGCUCUACGAUAUGCUCGUGAGGUAGAAGGGAUUGGUAAAGUUGUGGCCUUGGAUAAUGAUAAAGCGUCAGUUGAAGCUUGUCAGAAGAAUAUUAAGUUCAAUGGUUCGGUGGCAAUUUCAAAGGUUGAAUCACAUCUUGCUGAUGCUCGUGUAUAUAUGCUCACUCACCCAAAAGAAUUUGAUGUGGUUGAUCUUGAUCCUUAUGGGUCACCUUCAGUAUUUCUGGACUCUGCAGUUCAAUCUGUUGUUGAUGGUGGAAUGCUGAUGUGUACAGCAACUGAUAUGGCAGUGCUUUGUGGAGGCAAUGGCGAAGUUUGUUAUUCGAAGUAUGGUUCUUACCCUUUGAGAGGGAAAUACUGCCACGAAAUGGCUUUAAGGAUCCUCCUUGCCUCAAUUGAGAGUCAUGCAAAUCGCUACAAGCGUUACAUUGUUCCUGUUCUGUCUGUUCAGAUGAACUUUUAUGUUCGGGUUUUUGUUCGCGUGUACACUUCUGCAAGUGCUAUGAAAAACACUCCUCUUAAGCUCUCAUAUGUUUAUCAGUGCAUUGGUUGUGAUUCUUAUCAUCUUCAGCCUAUUGGGAGGACUAUGUCCAAGGGUAGUAGUGUAAGACAUCUUCCUGGGUUUGGUCCUGUUGUUCCCCAAGGGUGCAGUGAUUGUGGAAAGAAAUACAACAUGGGUGGACCUCUAUGGUCUGCUCCCAUUCAUGAUCAAGAAUGGGUGACUUCUGUACUAGAAGGUGUGAAAUCAAUGAAGGACCGAUAUCCUGCAUUUGAUCGCAUCUCUGCUGUACUGACAACAAUAUCUGAGGAAUUGCCUGAUGUUCCACUCUUUUUGAGUCUGCACAACCUCUGUGCAACACUAAAAUGCACCUCGCCUUCAGCAGUAAUUUUCCGUUCUGCUGUGAUCAAUGCAGGAUAUCGUAUCUCCGGGACACAUGUGAAUCCCCUGGGGCUAAAAUCUGAUGCCCCCAUGGAUGUCAUUUGGGACAUAAUGAGAUGCUGGGUGAAAAAUCAUCCCGUGAAAGCUCAAGCGCCUGAUCAGCCAGGAAGCAUUAUACUCGCAAAAGAACCAGUCCUUCAAGCGAACUUUGCCCGAGCUGUUGCAUCUCUUAGCAAGGCACAAGCCAAAAAGGUUGCACGCUUCCUUCCAAAUCCUGAAAGACAUUGGGGGCCAAAACUAAGGGCAGGUCGUCAAAUUACCACCAAGCACAUAUCUCUUUUAGGUCCGGAGGCAGUGAAUGGACAUCUUAACCAUGAAAAUAGUGAAGAGACUAAAGCCAAACGUCCAAAAACAGGGGAUAUCAAUGAUCCAACCUCAAGCUCUUAAGAAUUAACCCUUGAGGCUACAGCAUAAUCAAAAUUCACUAUCUGCUUAGUAGAAGGUUUCGCAUAUCCUCGGAUGUGCUCCACUGAUCACACGAGUUCUCAGUUGCCAUUGCAGUUGAGGAGCAACUUUGAGGUGCUGAAAGCAAUCUUGUGUUUCUAUUGAAUAAUCCUGUGCCAAUUUUGAGUGGUGUGAGAUGUUAUUUAUUACCUCAACGUUUUUGCAUUUGUUAAUCCGCUGUGACAAUUUGGAUUCUUUUCUUUUAAAAAAACUGUACAGCCAUCAAGGUGCUGGGUGCCUCAUGACAUUUGCCAUGGAAGAAAUAACAGCACAAGUUUCAUUUCAUUCA